AUGGCAAAACAUCUGAUACCCUCUCUCAAGGAGAUUAUUCCCCAAUUUCCGACCCUCAACAGGUUCAUAUCCAGGCCAUCAGACAAGUGUCGACCUCUUUUUCAGCUCCUGAAGAAGAAUACCACAUUCGAGUGGACGUCUGACUGCGAAGAAGCCUUUCAACCCCUCAAAAAAGACCUCGGCAAGACCGACCUGCCCGGAAGAGUAGCAAAGUGGGCAGUUCAGCUAGGCGAGUUCGACAUUCGAUACGAACCACGAACAGCAGAAAAAGGUCAAGCACUAGCCAGCUUCCUGGCAGAUUUCCCUGUAGAAUCAGACAUUGGGGGCGACUAUUCCAUAGAUGACGAGCCGACCUCUAUGGCCAACGUAGAGAAAAGAACUCCAGACAAGCUCACCUCAGAGAUUAUCCCAGACCUGGCUACUGGGGGCGGCCUCCAAGACCUGUUUGCUCAGAGUUCGGGGUGGAGAUUGUUCGUUGAUGGCUCGUCGAAUGAAAGCGGAUCUGGUAUCGGUAUUGUUCUGGUAACACCAGAAAACGCUAAGAUCGAGAAAGCCGUAAAGCUGGGCUUGGAGGCCUAA